UCUUUCACCUGGUACGCUAUAAUAUACCGCUAGUGAGUCAGCACAAAAGCCAGUGUUAUGACGGGAAUUCCCGUUAGACAAAUUCGAAGAAAAGAGUUCAUUCUAAAGAAAUCGCCUUGUACAUGUUUAACCAUUAGUAAAAUCGCCCAGCACGACUCGAUGGAAACCCCCGCCGUUACCUGAAGCUCCACCGUAGGCGCGCCGUGUCGUGUCAUGCGGAGAUUAAACGACGACCCGUUGGACUAUUAAUAAGCUGCAGCUAAAACAUUUUGUCACAGUCACAGACUCCUUCACGUAAUACACAAGUCUUUCUCAGACGAAACCAGAAUAUGUGAAAUGGAAUAAUGUCCUGGUCCUCGUCUUCCUCCUCAUUUAAAUCUAUGUCCUCGGCUGCGUCCAGGGCUCACAACAAACGGGUACUGGAGAGUUUGCGAAAAGGAGACAGAGUGCAGUUCAAGAGAUCCCUUUAUUCUCACUGGGGUGUGUAUAUCGGUAGCGGGAAAAUAAUACACCUUACUAGACGAAAUGCUGAAAGAGGUGGUCCCAAGGGCGUGGUGCGCGAAGACGAUUUUUGGGAUGCUGUUGGAGGCGACUGCGCUUACAAAAAUAAUUCCAGGGACAAUAAAAGCAGGCCUCUUCCUCCGGAUGAGAUUGUCAAAAGAGCCAAGUCAAUGCUUGGGGACGCAGGAUACAAUCUUUUGAAGGACAACUGCGAGCAUUUUGCCAAUUGGUGUCGAUACGGCGAAACAGAAAGUCAGCAG